GACUCGCUGCCCCUGGGCCCCAUCAACGGGCGCGACAUCUACGGGCAGCCCCUUUCCCUUCCUCCUCCCACCGAUCCCAGCUGCGACUCGACUCGACCCGGUUCCGCUUCCCCAAACCCUAGCCCCACCACCGCCUGCCUCCUCCUCGUGAGACCCCCUAGAUCCAGCGCGCGGAGGAGGAGGAGGAGGAAGGGGGGAUGGACGGGCCCAAGCGGUCGCAGCUGCGGGUGCGGCUCCGCGUGACGGCGCGCCGGCGGGGCGGCGACGGCUCGGGCGGGGGCGGUUCGGGGGGUGCGGGCGGGGGCGGCGCGGGGGGACGGAAACGGCGGCUGGAGGCCCCUGUCCUCAACUCCGCGGCCAAGCUGCAGCGCCGCGAGAUCGGGGGCCGCCAGCUCGCCGCGCGCGGCGGGGGGCCCGCGGCCGCCGUGCCCGAGCGGUUCCGGAACAUGCAGCUCCAGGAAGAGUUUGAUACGUAUGAUGAUAACGCACACCUAUUUGUGAAGCUACAAUUUCUUAAAAGAAGAUCCAAAAUUAUUGAGAUUGUUGCAGCAAAGGAUAUCAUAUUUGCUCUUGCUCACUCUGGGCUUUGUGCUGCUUUUAACCGAGUAACGAACAAGCGCAUAGCCUUCUUGAAUUUAAGCCCAGAUGAAGUGAUUCGGAGCUUGUUCUACAACAAAAACAAUGAUUCGCUUAUUACUGUGUCAGUUUAUGCAUCUGACAAUUUCAGCACAUUGAAGUGCAGAACAACCCCGAUCGAGUAUAUAAGAAGGAAUCAGUUAGAUGCCGGAUUUCCUCUUUUUGAAUCAGAAUCUCUGAAGUGGCCUGGCUUUGUCGAGUUUGAUGAUGUAAAUGGGAAAGUACUGACUUACUCAGCACAGGAUGGUAUCUAUAAGGUCUUUGACUUGAAAAACUACUCCUUUCUAUAUUCGAUACCAGAUGAAAAUGUGCAGGAGAUAAAGAUCAGUCCAGGAAUCAUGCUCUUGAUAUAUGAUAGAACACCGAGUUAUGUUCCUUUGAAGAUAUUAUCAAUUGAAGAUGGAAAGCCACUGAAAUCUUUUAAGCACUUGUUGCAUCGCCACAAGAAAAUUGAUUUUAUUGAGCAGUUCAAUGAGAAGCUCCUUGUCAAGCAAGAGGACGAGAACUUUCAGAUACUUGACGUGCGGAGUUCUGAGCUAAUUGAAGUCAGUGUCACCAAGUUUAUGACCCCUUCAGCAUUCAUUUUUCUGUAUGAGAACAAUCUCUUCUUGACAUUCCGAAACAGAACAGUUGCUGUAUGGAACUUCCGAGGAGAGCUUGUGACUUCAUUUGAAGACCAUUUGCUUUGGCAUCACGAUUGUAGCACCAACAAUAUUUACAUUACAAGCGACCAGGAUCUGAUUAUCUCGUACUGCAAAUCUGAGGCAGUGGCUGAGGAUGGUACAGUUACUCCAAUUGGAUCCAUCAACAUGAGCGAGAUUAUGACCGGCAAGUGCAUCGCAAAGAUUGCUGCCAAUGAUCCCGUUCUCAAUGCCACCCCUCGCAGAACUAGUUGCAGCAAGCGGUCCUCAGUCUGGAGCACCGUUCCAGAAGCUCUGGAGGACGUGACAGCGCUGUUCUAUGAUGAGGACAGGAACGAGAUCUACACUGGCAACAAACACGGGCUGGUGCAUGUGUGGUCUAACUAGAUAGUAAUAUGUACAUACGCGUCUCCCUUUUGAUCUGACUCGAAGAUUGGAUUAGCUUUACUGCCAUUCUGUAUCAUCCCCGGCUUGGGGCCUACCUAGCUCUUGUCUUUGGCAAUAGUGUGUUUCUGAUUCCUUGAGCAAUUGUGAGAAUGCAGUCUUGUAAAUAUCUUCUGUAUUGUCCUGUCA